AUGGCAAGUGGUAGAGGUGAAAGGGGCAUUGAUAAUCCUUCAGCGACGCAAGAUGAUGGAUCUUCUCUGAGUCCGGAUUUGAUAAUUAGCGUCCAACCACAAACAUAUGAGAGUACUCGAGCUGAGCUUCCAGUGUCUACAACUGAUUGGCAUUCUACUAGCAACAGUCGAGGACAAUUUAUACCCAUACAUGGCUUGGACUUUCUCAUCGGCGCGACCAAUUUACUAAUUCAACAAACAGUGGAACUGAAUGACCUUACAUCCGGAUUAAAUUCUGAAAACAGGUACAUAGUUAAAGUACCUCAUGGCGAAUCACUUUAUAUAGCCAGUGAAGUAUCCUCCCCAACACAACGAAGUCUAUGUGGUACUGGACGGGCCUUUGCUAUGCAUUUACAUGACACCACUAGACAGGAGGCCAUGGUCUUACAUAGAAGACUAGCCGGUGCGUCCUGUCUUUUCCCUUGUAGGUUGCAGGAAAUGAAAGUAGUAACUCCGCCAGGCAACUACAUAGGACGAAUACAGCAGCGUUGGACUUUGAUGGUGCCAUUUUUUCUAGUUAGGGAUGCGAGCGAUGAUGUUCUAUUUGUUGUAGAAGGGCCAGCUACAUUUACACGAGGGUCUUUGCGGCUAGCGGAAUUUAAGGUUUUAAGCGGCGAUUCUUUACGUGAAGUAGGUAGUAUAUCCCACGGCUGGGAUAGAGAGCUGGUUAGCUUCACAACCAAUAUCAACUAUCCCAAUGUGGUAGUUCAACCAAAGCAUAAAGCUCUUAUUUUAGCAGCAGCAUUUUUAUUGGAAUACACAUAUUUCGAAAAGGGGAAGACUAGUUGCUUACGAUGCAAUUGUUGC